AUGGCUAACACGCAAUUAAAGAUGGCAGAGACUUUCCUAUACACCUCCGAAUCAGUGAACGAGGGACACCCUGACAAGCUCUGUGACCAAAUCUCUGAUGCCGUUCUCGAUGCCUGCCUUGAACAGGAUCAAGAUAGCAAGGUUGCCUGUGAAACUUGCACCAAGACCAACUUGGUCAUGGUCUUUGGAGAGAUCACAACCAAGGCUAAUGUUGACUAUGAGAAAAUUGUGCGUGACACUUGCAGGAAAAUUGGGUUUGUUUCUAAUGAUGUUGGUCUUGAUGCUGACAACUGCAAGGUCCUUGUCUACAUUGAGCAGCAAAGCCCUGAUAUUGCUCAGGGUGUGCAUGGCCAUCUUACCAAAAGACCUGAGGAAAUUGGUGCUGGUGACCAGGGUCACAUGUUUGGCUAUGCCACUGAUGAGACCCCUGAAUUCAUGCCCUUGAGCCAUGUUCUUGCAACCCAGCUCGGUGCUCGUCUCACUGAAGUCCGCAAGAAUGGUACCUGCCCUUGGUUGAGGCCUGAUGGCAAGACCCAAGUCACUGUUGAGUAUUACAAUGAUAAGGGUGCCAUGGUUCCAGUUCGUGUUCACACCGUACUAAUCUCUACGCAACACGAUGAGACUGUCACUAAUGAUGAAAUUGCUGCUGAUCUCAAAGAGCAUGUUAUCAAGCCUGUGGUUCCUGAGAAAUACCUUGAUGAGAAGACCAUUUUUCAUUUGAACCCCUCUGGUCGUUUUGUCAUUGGUGGUCCGCAUGGUGAUGCUGGUCUCACUGGCCGUAAGAUCAUUAUUGACACUUACGGUGGAUGGGGUGCUCAUGGUGGUGGUGCCUUUUCGGGAAAGGACCCGACUAAGGUUGACAGGAGUGGAGCUUACAUUGUGAGGCAGGCUGCUAAGAGCAUUGUUGCAUGUGGACUUGCCAGGAGGUGCAUUGUGCAAGUCUCCUAUGCCAUUGGUGUGCCUGAGCCUUUGUCUGUCUUUGUUGAUUCAUAUGGUACUGGCAAAAUCCCUGAUAAGGAGAUCCUUAAUAUUGUGAAGGAGAACUUUGAUUUCAGGCCCGGUAUGAUCUCUAUCAACCUCGAUCUCAAGAGGGGUGGCAACAACAGGUUCUUGAAAACUGCUGCUUAUGGACAUUUUGGCAGAGAUGACCCUGAUUUCACAUGGGAAGUGGUGAAGCCCCUCAAGUGGGAGAAGGCCUAAGUGAUUCCACCGGGAGUUUUGAAAGUUGCCUUCAUACUAUCUAAUUCUUAAAAGCUCUCUAUCGCUCUGUGUGUCUCUCCUCCUUCUCUGUGCUUUUUUGUAUUUUUUCACAUUAUCAACCAAAAUAUGUACUCUCAGUUUGCAUGCCCGAUAUUUGGCUUAAGUGGUACCGGUCUUGUGAGAUAAAGUAUUUUUAACUUAGAUAAAUAAUAGUUAUGCCUCUUAAAUAUUGUCUCUAUUAGUUAAAAUAGUUAAAAUAGUUAAUCAUAUUAUAUGUUUCUUUUGGAAAUAGGGCAGGCAUCUCCUUAGGAGUAUUAUAAAAUCCUCCACAAUGUUUUGUACUAUCUUAUAUUCACUUAAAUGUCAUUAUUGUUUUUACCCUUUGCUA